AUGAUAUUUGCUAUUGAAGAAAUUAACAAAGACCCAACCAUCCUGUUGAAUGUGACACUUGGCUACAGGAUCCUAGACUCAUGUUCAUCCCCAACAAACACACUGCGUGCAGCGCUGACAUUGGUCGGAGGACAGGAGGAAAACAAUUCCACUUGUUUUCCAGCAGUAUCUGCAAUUGUUGCCGAGGCAGAGUCAUCGCAGUCUAUAGCUGUGGCAUCAACAGUGGGACCAUUUCAAGUACCGAUUGUGAGCUACUUCUCUACAUGUGCCUGUCUAAGUGACAGAACCAAAUACCCCACAUUUUUCCGCACAGUGCCAAGUGACUACUACCAGGCAAAAGCUUUGGCUGCGCUAGUCAAACGUUUUGGUUGGAAGUGGAUUGGAGCCCUACAGGCAGACAACGACUACGGUCGGAAUGGAAUCCAGGCAUUUACCUACAGCGUCGAUAAAACCCUGCGUGUUUUGGAAAUGAUCAAAAAGUCCACAGUUAAAGUCAUUUUAGCUUUCACUGCUGAGGGCGACUUUUAUCCUCUGAUGAAAGAAGUGGUGAAGCAGAACAUCACUGGAAUCCAGUGGAUAGCCAGUGAGGCUUGGAUCACAUCAUCAAGACUCUCCACACCUGAAAUGUUUCAGGCCUUUGGUGGAGCUUUGGGUUUUGUGAUGCCGAAGAUGGCUGUACCAAAUCUAAAACCAUUUCUGACUAGCAUCAGCCCUCAUGCUGAUUCUGGUGCAGUGUUUGUGAGGACAUUCUGGGAAAUUAUUAUGGGCUGUACACCUCAUUUGUCUGGUGAAAACUCAACCAGCAGUUUGGAUGGUAUGUGCACUGGUGAUGAAACAUUAUCAGAUUCCCAAGACCCGUUUUUUGACGUCACAGAACUCAGAGUGUCCUACAAUGUGUACAAUGCCAUUUAUGCCAUUGCACAUGCCCUUCAUCGAGUAGUAUUCUGCAAAUCAGUUGGGGAAAAGGCUGAGGGUCCAUGUAUGAAUGUUUCACAGAUUGAACCCAAACAGGUCACUGCUCAGCUACAAAGAGUACAUUUUGUAAAUACGUUUGGAGACAGCAUAUUCUUUGAUGAGAAUGGCGAUCCACCAGCCUCCUAUGAGGUCAUUAACUGGCAGCUGAGAGACGGAGAAGUCCAUCAUGUAUCCUUGGGACAUUUUGCUUCUGCUGUUAAUGGCGAUUAUAAACUCAGCAUCCUGGAGGAAGAGAUUGUUUGGAGGACAGGAAAAAAUAUUCCCACAUCUGUUUGUUCAGAAGUUUGUCCAGUGGGAACAAGAAAAGCACAGAUCAAAGGAAAACCCAUUUGCUGCUUUGAGUGUAUUCCCUGUGCAGAGGGUUCAAUAGCUAACAUGACAGGUGCAGUAGACUGUGUGCCGUGUCCUGUGAAGUUCUGGUCCAGUGAUAAGAAAGAUGAGUGCAUUCCCAAAACAGUGGAAUACCUGACAUACAAUGAGCCAAUGGGCAUUGUCAUCACUGUCCUGUCCUUAUUAGGAGCCUCACUGUGUCUGAUCACCAUGGUGAUUUUUAUCAAAAACAAUCAAACUCCUGUGAUCAAAGCCAGUAAUGCACAGCUUAGUUGUUUUCUCCUGCUCUCCUUGGUCCUCUGUUUUCUUAGUCCCCUCACUUUCAUUGUGACACCCACAGUUUGGACAUGCAUGCUUCGACACACAGCUUUUGGACUGACAUUUGCUGUCUGUAUCUCCUGUGUUCUGGGGAAAACAAUUGUUGUUGUCCUUGCUUUCAAAGCAACAACUCCUGGCAGCAAAGUUGCCAGACAAUUUGGUCCCAAACAGCAAAGAAUCAUUGUGUGCGCCUGCACUUUCAUUCAGGUUGUGAUAAUAAUAUUGUGGCUAACAUUAAAUCCUCCAUAUCCAGACAUGGUUUUUCAACACAGCACAAAAAAGAUCCUCUUGGAGUGUAACACAGGAUCUGAGGCUGCUUUCUAUGCAGUGUUGAGUUACAUAGGGUUCCUCGCUGUCAUCUGUUUGGUCUUGGCAUUUAUAGCCAGGAAGUUGCCAGACAACUUUAAUGAAGCCAAGUUCAUCACCUUCAGCUUGUUGAUCUUUUGUGCAGUGUGGAUCAGCUUUAUUCCUGCUUAUGUCAGCUCUCCUGGGAAGUUUACUACUGCCGUUGAAACCUUUGCCAUUUUGUCUUCAGCCUUUGGACUAUUUAUUUGUAUCUUUGCUCCUAAAUGCUACAUUAUAUUAAUCAAACCAGAGAGAAACACUAAGAGACUUGUGGCCAAACAUUAA